CUUGCAUUCACACUCAUGGCCAGUGCAGGAAUCAGGCUGUGUGCAGGGUCCUGGAGUCAGGUGGAAGUAGGGGCUGCGAGGGAUUGUGCAUGCUGGGCCAGUGCUUAGCUGUGCUGCCGCUGUUGCUUCCUGGCAGCCACAUUUGGUAGCAGGAGGUUCAAGUCCCGAGCCAAGCUCAAGUGCCUGGCCGCUCCGUCUGUCCUGUGUGGUUUCCUGUGACUUGUUGGUGACUGAGCAGACUUGGCAGACACUUGGCAUCAGGAUAGCAACACCAGAGCUCUCUUUCUCGCUCCUGGGCAGAGGGCACGCGGUUGUUACCGCCGUGUUGUAAUCUGGCUUCUUUCCCUUUUGUUUAGGUAGUCGGACGUCCCCAAGGGUUUGCUCCCCACGCACAGGAAGCAGCUGCAAGGAAUUUGGGAUGUAAAAUGGGAAUCUCCUGCAGCGUCCCCACGGGCGGCCUGCCGGUCCACCCACCAGGGAGAAAACCGUGAUGCCUCCUGACCCCUCGGGCGCUUAGAGCUUCUCGCACUUCCUUUUGUGCCAUGGGAACAACCUGAGGUGCAGGCUGCAUUGCUCCCACGCUUGGGGCUGUCAGGAGGCCCACUCGGGGGCCCCGUAGGUGGGGAGCUCACGUCCUCUGGGUCUGGUUCAGAAGCCCCCAGGAACGAGCCUCCUCCUCUCUCGGGCUCUGGGGACUCUCCAGCUCCACAUUUGUGUGUGUUUGUUUGCCACCUUCUGCAAUCCCGAGACUUCUGUUGAGUUACCCAACACAACUCCUCUUGCGCGUGCCUGCCCACUCCUCGCGGCCCACCUGGGGCUCAGCAGGCCGGCCGUGCCCAGCCUGGGCACUGUCAUGAGCUGCUGCAUCCACUGCUGCAUACGAUUGAUUCCGGACUACAAAGAGGCGCACACUCAGCGGGUUGGCUGCCGUGGAGGCCCCGCCCACCAUCACCAGGUGUGCCCCACGUGCCAGGGGGAGAACAAACUCCUGUUCCGUGUGGACGGUAAGCAGAUGAACUUGCUUGCUGUGCUCGAAGUGAGGACCGAAGGGAACGAGAGCUGGGGUGGGCUUUUGCGCCUUCGGAAGGGGAAGCGAUGGAGCCUCGUUGUCGGCCUGAUCAUAAUGAGCUUGGUGAUGGCAUCGUACAUCCUCUCGGGGGCUCACCAGGAGCUCCUGAUCCCAUCUCCGUUCCGUUACGGAGGAUUCCCUAGCACACCAGGCUGGAUGGACGGUGAGACUCCGGGAGACGCCAAGGAGCACGCCCACCAGCCUGCGGUGGCCAACGUGUCGUCCAUGAGGGACUAUCAGAGCGUCAGGUUCAUCAUCAACAGCAUCGCGGCCAGGAUCGAGUUCACCACCAGGCAGCUCCCGGACUUGGAAGACCUCAGGAAGCAGGAGGAGCAUAUGUUCUCCGUCAUCCCCAGCAAAUUCCUCCCCAACAGUAAGAGCCCCUGCUGGUACGAGGAGUUCUCCGGCAGGAACACCACCGACCCCUACCUGACCAACUCCUACGUGCUCUACUCCAAGCGCUUCCGCUCCACCUUCGACGCCCUGCGCAAGGCCUUUUGGGGCCACCUGUCUCACGCCGACGGGAAGCACUUCCGCCUGCGCUGUCUGCCUCACUUCUACAUCAUUGGGCAGCCCAAGUGUGGCACCACUGACCUCUAUGACCGCCUGCGCCUGCACCCAGAAGUCAAGUUCUCUGCCAUCAAGGAGCCGCACUGGUGGACCCGGAAGCGGUUUGGGAUCGUGCGCCUGCGAGACGGUCUGCGGGACCGCUACCCUGUGGAAGAUUACCUGGAUCUCUUUGACCUGGCUGCACACCAGAUCCAUCAAGGGCUGCAGGCCAGUGCUGCAAAGGAGCAGAACAAGAUGAAUGAAAUCAUUGUUGGGGAGGCCAGCGCCUCCACCAUGUGGGACAACAAUGCCUGGAGUUUCUUCUAUGACAACAGCACGGCUGGCGAGCCUCCGUUCCUGACGCAGGACUUCAUCCAUGCUUUCCAGCCAAACGCCAAGCUCAUUGUCAUGCUGAGGGACCCCGUGGAGAGGUUGUACUCGGACUAUCUCUACUUUGCGAGUUCGAAUAAAUCUGCCGAUGACUUCCACGAGAAAGUGACAGAGGCGCUAAAGCUGUUUGAGGAUUGUAUGCUGGACUACUCCCUACGCGCCUGCGUCUACAACAACACCCUCAACAACGCCAUGCCUGUGAGGCUCCAGGUCGGCCUGUAUGCCGUGUAUCUGCUGGACUGGCUCACUGUGUUCAGUAAGGACCAAUUCCUCAUCCUGCGCCUGGAAGACCACGCGUCCAAUGUCAAGUACACCAUGCACAAGGUUUUCCGGUUUCUGAACCUAGGGCCCUUGAGCGAGAAGCAAGAGGCCUUGCUGACCAAGAGCCCUGCAUCCAACGUGCGGCGGCCCGAGGACCGCAGCCUGGGGCCCAUGUGGCCAGUUACCCAGAGGAUCCUGCGGGACUUCUAUGGGCCCUUCAACACCCGCCUGGCGCAGGUGCUCGCCGACGAAGCGUUUGCGUGGAAGACGCCGUGAGGGCGACCAUGGCCCACAUAGCUGUGGCUUUAUGCAGCUCUCAUGGUGGGGAGUUGGUUCAGCUCAGAGCGUGCAAACCCCCGUCUCUGUGGCUGGAACCUUCUCUUUCACAGCAUUGUGGCAUCUCUGUCGCGCCAAGUGCCCUGACUGCCCCUCCAUACGAGAAUGCCAAGGACUCCACCUUCGGCUCUACGGGUGCCUGGCACUACCCAGGCAGACCAGCUGACCCCAUGCUGACUGCAGCGGGGACCUCAGCCCAGCCCAGCCUGCCUCCAGGACAGCCCUAUCCAUGGUGACCUUGACCGGAUCCGACUCAGCAUGCCCCAGGCCCUCCCCUGGGGCAUGCCAGGACUUACACAGCACAGUCAGUUUGGAACUGCUCUGUCCAGGCUGUCAGCCUGACUGGGGAGAGGAGCGACAGUCCUUUGAGAAUGGUCUCUCCCAGUUCUUCCUUCUGCUGCAGCACGGCCUGCCCUGUGACCUGUCUGGUAGGAGCCCCUGUGACCUCUUGCCAGUGGCAGCGUGCACGCCUCUCUUUGGCCCCUUGCCCUGCUGUGCAAACUUGACUUGGGAUGCAUUUGAGACAGGCCGCUGCCUGCGUUCGACAAGCCUGACUCUGUCCUCUGGCUCAGUGGAUGUUUUCUCAAAGAAUUUGGUCUCUAAUUGGAAAGAUUUUUUUUUUUUGUACUGUUAAUGCCAGAGGGAGCAACCUCAACAUUGGCCACCAGUGGCUACUUUAAGAGCUAGGCUGUCCUCCUGUGCGUCUGGUCGGCAGAGAGCUACAGGAGGGCUAGUGUCUGGAGUCUGGCCAGCAGCAGGCUACCCCGGUCCUCCCUCCCACUGGAUGAGUUUGCUGUGUGUGCUCUCCACCAGGCAUGGUCCACACACCGUAUGCAGUCCUGGGACCACAAGAUGUGUUUAGAAACCACGCAGACGCUAAACUUGGGCCAUUCGAGGGGUGCGGAGUGAGCCUGCUAGAGCCAUGCUCUCUGUGGAACUUUCCAUGCCGUUUGGCAGCCUAGUGGAUGCUUGGGUGGAAGAAGGUGCCAGAGCUCCCUUGGCACAGCCCUGCGGUGGAGGUGGCAUCUGAGCACCCCUGGGACCAGCACCCACCAAGGCAGGACAUGCAAGCCACAGUCACCCAGCUGGAGCUCGUGGGCGCGAGAUCCAAGGGAUUCUGGCGGCAUGAGGAUCCCACAGAGGCGUGGCCGUCACAUCCGUGGCCGUCACAUCCGGUGCCUGUGAACCCUGACACUGCUGCCAAGGGGGCCGUGUGUCCUGAGCACUCACUUUCACAGGCAGCGCCACUCUCUUGCAAAGCUGACACCUGCAGCAGCAGCUGGCAGGGAAUCUGGCCUGAGCAAAAGGAGGUUUUGGGGAGUGGUCUCUGGUGUGUGUGUGUGAGUGUGUGUGUGUAUUUAUUUGCAGCUCAGAGCGGGCGUGUGCGGGGCCAUUUUCCAAGCAGUUCCCUUCGGCCCUGCUGCUGCCUGCCAAGGCCCCGGGGCCCUGGACACAGCCCUUUUGUAGGGGGUCGUAUUGCUCAGGCGUUGCUUCCAGGACGUGGGUGACUGUCCCACACCAGCUCCAGCGACAGCAAGGGACGUUUCUUGUGUAGCUCGGGUGCGUGCGGCUGACACGUGGUGUAAUUCUGCUUCUUACAGAAGUUACUGCUCAAAGUAUUAUUCCCAAUAUUAUUUGGUUUCUUACAUGAAUCUUUUUAUAGACAUGGGCCUGUCCCUUCUGUGCUGUCUUGUUCCCCGCCAGCGGCACCUUGGGUGUCGGCAGCGCGGGCUGUCAUGAGGCCUGCCACCCCAAGCCAAAGUGAACCCACACCGCCCGGGGUGGGAGUUGGGCUGUGCCCUCGCAGGCUGGAGCCUACCAUGCUCACUUGGUCAUGCGAGGAGUGCUGAGGGCACACGUCAGUUACGCUGUCCUCUUGUUGGUAUUUAACACAAUAAAAGCCGAGCCCCUCUGACCUG